AUGGCAGGGGCUCUGCUUGGUGCCCUGCUUCUCUUGGCACUCCUUGGCAGAAGCGAGAGUAAGAACGAAGAGCUCAGCCUGUAUCACCAUCUCUUCGACAAGUAUGACCCAGGAUGCCGGCCAGUUAGGAGGCCUGAAGACACUGUUACCAUCACCCUCAAGGUCACCCUAACCAACCUCAUCUCACUGAACGAGAAGGAGGAGACCCUGACCACCAACGUCUGGAUUGGAAUUGACUGGCAGGACUACAGGCUCAACUUCAGCAAGGAGGAUUUUGCAGGCAUAGAGACCCUGCGGGUCCCUUCGGAAUCUGUGUGGCUGCCAGAGAUCGUUCUGGAAAACAACAUCGAUGGGCAGUUUGGAGUGGCCUAUGACUGCAAUGUUCUGGUCAGCGAGGGAGGCUACGUGACCUGGUUGCCCCCUGCCAUCUACCACAGCACCUGCGCAGUGGAGGUCACCUACUUCCCUUUCGACUGGCAGAACUGCUCUCUGGUUUUCCGCUCCCAGACCUAUAAUGCUGAAGAAGUGGAGUUCAUCUUUGCUGUGGAUGACAACGGCGAGACCAUCGACAAGAUUGAAAUUGACACGGAAGCUUUUACUGAGAAUGGAGAAUGGGCCAUCGACUACUGCCCAGGCACAAUCCGCCAUUACAAGGGAGGCUCUGCAGAAGUCCCUGGAGAAACUGACAUUAUCUACACGCUCAUCAUCCGCCGGAAGCCGCUCUUUUACGUCAUUAACAUCAUUGUACCUUGUGUACUCAUUUCCGGAUUGGUGCUGCUUGCUUACUUCCUGCCUGCGCAGGCUGGUGGCCAGAAAUGCACGGUCUCAAUCAACGUCCUGCUAGCCCAGACUGUCUUCUUGUUCCUAAUUGCCCAGAAAAUUCCAGAGACAUCUCUGAGCGUGCCACUGCUGGGCAGGUAUCUUAUUUUCGUCAUGGUGGUUGCCACGCUCAUUGUUAUGAAUUGCGUCAUCGUGCUCAACGUGUCUUUGCGGACGCCGACGACUCAUAGCACAUCCCCUCGGCUACGCCAAAUUUUAUUGGAGCUACUGCCACGCCUCCUGGGCUCAAGCCCACCCCCUGAGGCUCCCCGAGCUGCCUCACCUGCCAGGCGCGCCUCCUCUGUGGGCAUUCUGCUCCGAGCAGAGGAGCUCAUCCUGAAAAAGCCGCGGAGUGAGCUCGUGUUUGAGGGGCAGAGGCAUCGGCAUGGGGCUUGGACUGCUGCCCUCUGCCAGAACCUGGGCGCUGCAGCCCCUGAAAUCCGCUGUUGUGUGGAUGCUGUGAACUUUGUGGCUGAGAGCACACGAGACCAGGAAGCCAACGAAGAGGAAGUGUCCGACUGGGUGCGCAUGGGGAAAGCCCUCGACAACGUCUGCUUUUGGGCAGCUCUGGUGCUCUUCAGCGUCGGUUCCUGCCUCAUCUUCCUUGGGGGUUACUUCAAUCAAGUUCCUGAUCUCCCCUACCCACCGUGUAUCCAACCCUGA